AUGUUGGGGCUCAAAGUAAAUUUCGGCGCUUCAAAAUCCCGCCUUUGUCGCUCGCCGCCGGUUUGUCGCCGUUGUCCGGCUCUGUUCGCCGACCAUUCUUGCCUAGCUCGAGCCGUGCCGAGUCCGAUCCAGCCUGGCUCAUGCGCAGGUCAUCUCUCUCCCCGGAAGACCGCCUCCGCUCCUUCCUCGCCGCCGGAAAGCUCGACGACGCUGUUGCCUUCCUACUUUCCCGCACCUCCCACCCAAUCCCCAACCCCCCUUUCCAUCUCUUCCUUCAAUCUUGUCCUCUCCUCCCUCAUCCGCGCUCGCCGCUUCUCCUCCGCCCUCUCCCUCUACUGCUCCAUGCGCCGCUACGGCGUUCCCCCUGACCUUGUUACCCUCAACAUCCUUGUCAACUGUCACGUUGAAUGCGGGCGCACUGAUCUUGCCCUCAAGGUGUUCGACGAAAUUCCCUACUGGUCUUUCUCUCCCAAUGUGAUCUCUUGCAACACUUUGAUCAAAGGGUUUUAUAGAGAUGGAAGAAUAGAGGAUGCUCUUAGAGUUUUGUGUGGAAUGAGGCUCAAUGGACCAUCCCCUGAUAGCCGAACUUACUCCAUAUUGAUUGAUCAUGUUUGUCAGCAUUCAAAUGCGAGUAUGGGAUUGUGUUUGAUUCAAGAAAUGCUUUGGAUUGGAUUGGUGCCGAGUGCCGUGGCUUAUAAUUGUGUUCUUGCUGGACUUCGUAGGGAGAGUAGAUGA